UGGAGCGCGCUCAAACACACCCAGGCCACGCCCACAGACGCCUACGGAGUGGUGGAGUUUCAGGGCGGAGGACACGUCAACAAAGCAAUGUACAUCCGUGUGGCGUACGACUCGAAGCCCGACUCCCUGCUGCAGAUGAUGGUGAAGGAGUGGCAGCUGGAGCUCCCCACUCUCCUGGUGUCUGUCCACGGGGGGCUGCAGAACUUUGAGCUGCCCCCAAAACUCAAGCAGGUCUUUGGGAAGGGCCUGAUCAAAGCCAGCGUCACCACCGGAGCCUGGAUCUUCACCGGGGGAGUCAGUACAGGAGUGAUCCGCCAUGUUGGAGACGCUCUGAAGGAGCACUCCUCCAAGUCCAGAGGAAAAGUCUGUGCCAUCGGCAUCGCUCCCUGGGGAAUCAUCGAGAACAAGGAGGACCUUAUCGGCAAAGAUGUGACUCGUCCGUACCAGACCAUGUCCAACCCUCUGAGUAAACUGUCCGUCCUGAACAGCUCUCACUCUCACUUCAUCCUCGCUGAUAACGGGACCACAGGGAAGUACGGAGCAGAGGUGCGACUGCGCAGACAGCUGGAGAAGCACAUCUCCCUGCAGAAGAUCAACACGCGUGAUGUCUCUUAUCCUUAUUUUAACAUAAAAACAAAAAAUUAUAGACUUUUCUCAUUAACACAUACAUUUGUGUUGACAGGUCUGGGUCAUGGCGUGCCCGUGGUCUGUCUGAUUUUGGAGGGUGGGCCUAAUGUGAUCUCUAUCGUCCUGGAGAGUCUGAAGGAGGAGCCCCCUGUGCCUGUGGUGGUGUGUGACGGCAGCGGGAGGGCAUCUGACAUACUCUCCUUUGCGCACAAGUACUGCGAGGAAGAUGGGACGGUCAGUGAAGGCGUCAAAGAUCAACUGUUGGUCACGAUUCAGAAAACCUUUAACUACAGCCGCAGUCAGGCUCAGCAGAUCUUCCUCAUGGUGACCGAAUGCAUGAAGAAAAAGUCUCUGGUAGGUUUCAGAGGAGGAGACUAAUCAUCCUCAGGACUUAAAGGCGCUCUACCUGAUUUUUACUGUCUUAAAAACAUGAUAAACAAUUCAUUUUAAAUGGUUUGCAGUGGUCCAAAUGCAUUCAGAGUAUCCUAAUUAUUCACCACAAUGAGUUUAUAAGAGCUUUCAGAGUUUUAACGGUAGAGAUGACAACAAGUAGCAUGCAAACACACACUAACUGAUUGUCUGAUAAUAAAAUACUGCCUAAUUACAUGCACGCAGCACACAGUGAACUUAUUUUGACCUCAAGAGCUGCUUAUACAAUAUAUCUGUACUUGGGCAAGACACAUUUUGCUCAAAUGUACUGGGUAAAA